AUGUUGAAGUCUCUGUGGAGUCUCUGUGGCUUCAAAGUAGGUUGCAGUGAUCAAUCGUAUCAUUCCGAGACUGGCCAUGUCUUCCCAGUGCAUUUCAUAGACCAGGCAGGACUCAUACGUGCAUCUAUCAUCAAUUACACGUUGCGGUUCAACGACAUUCUCAGUCCUUCAAAGCUACAUAGCUCCCUGGUCGAAUUGCUUGAAAUAGGAGACUGGAGAAAACUAGGUGGUCGCCUUCGCCGAACAGAAAGUGGAGAUAUCGUGAUUGUUGUGCCAACAGUUUUUGACUCCAACCGUCCCGCUGUUCGCUUUUCCCAUGUCAAGUUUGGUAUUCGGAUAGAAGAACACCCAUUGGGAAAUCACCUACCCAAGAAGACAGGCCCCUAUCCCUCAGUCCAGGAAGGGUGUCACGCAUUCCUUCCCCUCAGUGUUCCUCACAACCUGCCUGGCGAUAUUGAACACUAUUACACUACCGAUGAGCCACUCAUAUCUCUUCACGUAACAUCAUUCACCGAUGCGACACUUGUAUCCAUCACAUUCCCGCACUUAGUAUGCGACGUCAUGGGGACAGCCGAGUUAUUGCGUGCCUGGUCAACCAUUUUGGCUGGUCAAUAUGACUGUAUACCGGCUCUACAUGGGGCAAGCCAAGAUGUUAUGGCCAACGUGGGCACCUUGGAGGAUGAAAAGACUGAGAAGCCGUAUCUCUUGGAACACAGGCAAAUCAAAGGUCUCUCGCUACUUUCCUUUAUUGUCCGGUUCGUAUGGGACCUGCUGACGAGAAGAAAUGUACAAUCUCGUACAAUCUUUCUUCCAGCAAGGUAUUUGAGCAAUAUGCGUGAAACAGCAGAAAGGCAAUUACCAAUCGAUCCACAGACCAGAAGUCCCCCGUUCUUGAGCGAUGGUGACCUUAUAACUGCCUGGGGCUCUCAAAUGGUCAUGUCAUCCUCCCCACGCAAAAAGCCCGCGAUUAUAUGCAAUGUGUUUGACAUUCGCCGUCGGCUCAAGAAUGUGUUCACCCCUGGGGGGGCAUAUCUCCAAAAUCUCAUCCUUCCGGCUUCCGUUCUGCUAUCCGCACAAGAAAAAUCAAACACAUCGCUUGGUCAGAUCGCCCUACACCUUCGUCAGGCUAUCAUCGAGCAGACUACGGAUAUCCAAGCCCGCAGGCUCAUGAGGAUCAUGAAAGCAUCGAUCAAAUCCACCGGAUUUAUGCCACUCUUCGGAGAUCCCGCCUCGAGGAUCAUUGCGUUCACAAACUGGUCAAAAGCCAAAUUGGCCGAGUCGGCAAAUUUCUCUCCUGCAGUCACUGAGAAUCAUCAUAUUCUUAGUCCCACUGUUCGUAAAAGCAGUUGCGUCUCAUACUGGGGAACAACCAUAGGGAAAUCCGAUAAUCCGCGAGACACGUUUGUCAUUUAUGGGAAAGAUGACAACGAUAAUUACUGGGUUCAUGCAUACCUCCGUUCAGAGACUUGGGAUCUGAUUGACGCUGAAUUCAGUCGGUACCAGCGGAGUAGCUCCUCUACUUGA